AUGCCUGUUUGGCCACUCCUAGGAAUCUCAGAUGCUCGUUUGCACCCCAUUCUCCACCCUUACUCACAUCCCACUGCCCCGCUCUCCACUCCACCUCCCCCUUUCCCCUUCUGUUCUCCUCCCCCCCCAUCAUCCUCCCUCCCCCCAUCCCCACCUUUUUCUCUCAAAUGUUUCCGCGUCUUGCAGGAGCCUGGGUUCCAACUUUCUGAUGGGGCCCGCGUCUUCUCCACAACAACCUCUCGGGAUCGCUGCCAGCCACCAUUGGGAGCUUCUUCCACCUCACUGAACUGUACUCCACCGCACUGCCUUUCUGCCCUUCCCUUUCUCCCCUUCCCUUUCUCCUCUUCCUGUUAUCUCCUUCCCUUUCUCCCCUUUCCUUUCUCCCCUUUCCUUUCUCCCUUUUCCUUCCUCCCCUUCCUUCUUUACUCCCCUACCCUUUCUCCCCUUUCCUUUCUCCCCUUCCCUUUUCCCCCUUCUCUUUCUCCCCUUCCCCUUCUCCCCUUCCCCUUCUCCCUUUCCUUACCUCCCUUUCCUUCCCGCCCGUCUCGCUCCGCAAAUCCCGUUUGUCUCAUCUCAUCCACUCCCUUUCUCCCCAUGACCGAUGUGUCGUUCAACGGUCUGUCGGGCUCUCUGCCUGUCGCCAUCAGCAACCUCACCAGUGCGGCUGUCCUGUGA